GUUUUUUCUUUUUUUUGGACAGCAUCCAGUCGACCUUUUUCCUUUAGAACGUUGCCCCAGUUGAUCCAUUGGAUCGCAGUCUUAGCCCAUCGUCACUAAAUUCUCCUUCUAUCGGAGCUAUCUAGCCUGCUGACUGGGCCCAAUUUUUCCCUGUCGACCCAGCCAUCUGACAGGCCAGUUUUAGGGCUGUCGAUGGGCAAAAAAUAGAAAAAAGAAAAGGAAACAGGGAAUAGAUUUUAGAGGGGAGAAAAACCAGAACCACAGGCUGAAACCACAGAACCAGAGGAACCAGUUAACCACAGUCAGGAUGAUCGUCGGGUUUACACAAACUUAGACAGGCCUGUGAGGGCUCCGUUUCGCUCCGUGGCUGGGGAACCAUGGAUCGGGCCUCAGUGGCCAUGGCUCGCAAUUGUUCUUUGGGCUUCUGUGGCCAUCGUGGGUCGGAGAAGACACGCGGUCGAAUGGCUACUCCGGUAAGUACUCGGCAACUGAGUCGACUGGGAUGGUUCAAAAAAGAACUUGCAUCGAAUAAUGAAUCCCAAUUUGCAGUUACAGGUUUCAACGGCUGCACAUCGGCGCCGUCUCCAACACAGCAAGCGAGGAUGGAGACGGACAGAGAAGCCGGACGAACAAGGGAACCCAGCGAGGGUAGUGGGGACUGGAGAGGAUGUUGUCUAGACUCUGACCGACUCGACUGGUCCAACACAGAGCAUGCCCCCAUCGGAUAGACAGAGCUCCAUUCCUUUACUGCUUGUGAACGCGCUGUGCGACCCCUCAACCCCGUCGUCAUACCCCUUCAGGGACCAAGUAGAGUCCCCGAAAGUACGACGACCUAUCAACCAUCCUCUCCCACACUAUAGAUUUGACAUCGGACCAGUCCCGACGGAACAGCAGAUUGGAAUAAAAGGAAGGGAAGACAGCAGGGGGUGUGGGAAUGAAUAGUUUGCAGUGGCCGGAGCUGUUGUGCUUCAAUGCGUGAGGGAACACAAGAGAGAUUGAGAAUCUCGCCGUGGCACUGCUUGGGUACUGGACCGCGCCCCCAGCUCUGAUGAUGAUGAUAUUAUUUUCUACCUUCCUGUUAUGAUGACUAUUGUUUCUGUAUCAACUAACUAGUAAACUUCCUACUAUACAGUAGAAAGCGAGAGCCAAGUCAGCGGUGGGGACGAGG